AAAUGGAAUUUCAUCAACGCAUUUGAAUACCGCAUUACAUACUUUUCCGACUCCACAGUCCCCAUCCACAUCACAUCCAGCACACUCUCCAGUUUUCACAAUACAUCCGAAUUUACAUUGGUCACAUGAAUCAUCUGAAAAAU